AUGGCACCAGGUAAAAAUGCAGGCACCAAGUCGCCCUUCUUCAAGCCUUCCGAAAAACCAACGCACACUAAAACCCCGGGUGGGACACGGCGCCCUCGGAAAAAGCCCAAGGGCGAGGAAGAAAAGAAAUCAUCGAUUGCUGGAUGUACUGCCAAUAUCAUCAACGCUAUAAUCGGAGCUGGUAUUGUGGGACUUCCCUAUGCCAUCAAACAGGCUGGUUUCGUGGCUGGGAUCAUCCUGGUGGUCUUUUGUGCACUCCUGACCGAAAAGAGUCUAAGAUUACUGGUGGAAACUGCCAAGCACGUUCAUGUGCCGAGUUACGAAACGGUCGCCGAAGCGGCCUUUGGAAGAUUUGGAUUUCUCUUUGUGGCCUUUAACAUGUUCAUCAAUGCCUAUGGUGCCAUGCUGAGCUAUCUCAUGAUUGUUAAGGAUACCUUUUCGGCUGUCCUUGGAGUGGCACCAGACAACCUUCCCAUGAAGCGAUCCAUACUCUUUCUCAUCUCCAUUACCAUCAUGGUCCCACUUGCCAGUCAGCGUGAUAUGGCUGAUCUCGCGGUGACAUCUCGAAUGAAUGUCUUAUUUGAUCUCAUGAUGGUCGCCCUCGUUUUGUAUUGCGCUCCCAUCCAAGAGUCAUGGGAAGUUUUUGAUUGGAGAGAUUCCAUUAUUCAUUACGAUACUAUGUUUGUCGGGAUGGGAGUUUUGUCAUUUGCCUUUGUGUGUCAACAUUCUGCCUUUAUCAUUGCAGGAUCACUUGACAAUCCUACCAAAGAUCGAUGGGCGGUGGUAUCAAAAACUGCGAUGACGGUAUGCUGUACCUUGGCAAUGAUUUGUGGAAUUGGUGGAUAUAUGGGUUAUCAGGAGACCACACAAGGAAACAUUCUGAAUUCAUUGGACAAUUCUCUUCCGGCGAAUGCUGCUCGUAUCUUGUUGGGUACUACGAUGUUGUUUGUGUAUCCCAUGGAAAGUUUUGUGGCUCGCCACGUUUGUGUGGUCCUAUUCUUUCAAGGACGAAGCGCGCACGAAGGAGAUGAUACGAGCGUCUUGAACCGACGAGACCGACGAGUCACUUUGACAGUACUGCUUUACUUGGCUGCUGCCAUUCCGGCGGCAUUCGUUCAAGAUGUGGGGGUUGUCUUAGCCCUUAGUGGCUCCGUUGGUGCAUCGUGCCUUGCUUACAUUGGACCAGGAGCAGUCUACUUGGGCAUACAUGGGGCUCGAUUCCUGGAACUAAGUAAGGCUUACUUUGGAAUGCCGGUGGAGGGAAGUGAGCUCACAAGAGAGCAAUUGGAACCAUUUUAUAGCUCUUCUGUCGAGGCAGAUUUUGACCUUCCGCCUGACGAUUCCUGGCUUGCUCAAGCCUUCAAGACUGUAUGCUAUUACCUCUUGCUCAUGCCCAUUUGGUGCAGAAUUGCCAAAGUUGGCAAAUCUUCCUUGACGUCGCAUAUCACAACAUUGGCCAUACAGAGUCCACAUCCCAUCCGCAUUGGAAACGCUCGUUUCGCGUCCGCAAAAACUAAUGAGGGUGGCACACGCGUUGUCAUGGUAAAGGGUUCUGCUCAGGAGGGUAAUGCUUCAUCUGCGGUAGCAAACAGCACACUACUCCGUUCCGAAUCGCUUCCGCGUGGCGACUUCGGAGCUUUGAGAGCCCCAAAUGGAAAAAUCUUCGCAUUGCCAGCCUCCGCGAACCAAGAAUCACAGAUGCUGCUGCCCCCAAAAGCAGCUGUUGGCCUGAAAGAUGUUGAAAAGAACUACAAAUCUAUCGACCAAAAGAUUGGUGCAAUGGCAGCACGAAAAGCAAAAGAGGAAGAGUUUGCACUGGAGGAUGAUCCCCAGCAAAUUCCACCCGGAGUCUCUGAUUUUGUUAUUGCUAUCUUAUACAUAUUGUUUGGAAUACUCGCGUUGGUAGCAGGAGUUGUUUCAAUAUUUCAAGAGGAGUCGUAA